AUGCUCUUCUGCCCGCUGCUUCUCAUAUUCCUCAUUGCCAACUCCAAUGGUGAACCCCUACCACCGGACAUGAAGGAUCUACAAAACCACCUUGACACCUUCCAGAAAGCCGUUGACACCGGAGACAAGAAGGCUCUGCGCGAGAUGAUGCCGGUGAAUCAAAGAAUUUCCGAGGAAAAGCUAGAUGAGUUCAUCAAGACUCGCAAGUCGUUCAAGAUGACAGCAAAAAGCGCACAGGCCACAAGUUCUGGAAUCACCGGAAAGGUAGACUACGCCAUAGGAAAGGCUACUCUUCUGCUCGACGUGGUUUUGGAGAAGAGUUCCUCUAGUCCAUCUGCCUACAAGUUUGUGAGUAUCAGCAAACAAUCAAUCCCUUCUCAACGUCGUGAAAUCCCUGAUUGUUUUUACACUCUCCUGAUAAUGUGCCCGUAUGAUUUAAUUGUUGCUUUGGCACAAACUGCCGAAAACGUCCUUAAAGGAUAACUAUAUUUGUACUUUUGGCUCGGAUGAAUUUGCUUUAUUGUU